AUGACCUCAUUACAUCAGGUGUUAUAUUUUACCUUUUUUGCUUCAGUUUCUAGUGAAUGUGUCAGUAAGGUCUUCAAAGACAUCAGCUUUCAAGGAGGUGACCUAAGUACUGUUUUCACACCGAGUGCCACAUACUGCCAGCUGGUCUGCACGCACCACCCACGGUGCUUGCUCUUCACGUUCAUGGCCGAGUCAUCUUCUGAUGAUCCUACCAAAUGGUUUGCCUGCAUCCUGAAGGAAAGUUUCACAGAAACACUGCCAAUGGUAAACAUGACAGGAGCCGUUUCUGGAUAUUCCUUCAAACAAUGCUCUCAGCAAUUAAGUGCUUGCAGCAAAGAUGUGUAUGUGAACCUAGACAUGAAGGGCAUGAACUAUAACAGUUCUAUUGUGAAGAACGCUCGAGAAUGCCAGGAGAGAUGCACGAACGAUAUCCAUUGCCAGUUCUUCACGUAUGCAACAGGGCAUUUUCCCAGUGUGGACCAUCGUAAAAUUUGUCUUUUGAAGUACACCCAAACGGGGACGCCAACCACAAUAACAAAGCUCAAUAAUGUGGUAUCUGGAUUUUCACUGAAGUCCUGUGGACUUUCAAACUUGGCUUGUAUUAGGGACAUUUUCCAGAACACAGUGCUUGCCGACCUUAACAUUGACAGCGUGUUGGCCCCAGAUGCUUUUGUCUGUCGUCGCAUUUGCACGCAUCACCCGACUUGUUUGUUUUUCACAUUCUUUUCCCACGCAUGGCCAAAAGAAUCUCAGAGACAUCUUUGUCUCCUUAAAACAUCUGAAAGUGGAUUGCCAAGCACACGCAUCACAAAGAGCAACGCCCUUUCUGGGUUCAGUCUCCAGCACUGCAGGCACAGUGUCCCAGUAUUCUGCCAUCCAUCCUUUUACAACGACACUGAUUUCUUGGGAGAAGAACUGGACAUCAUCGAUGUGAAAGGCCAAGAAACCUGCCAGAAAAUGUGCACCAAUGCUGCCCGCUGCCAGUUUUUUACCUAUUAUCCAUCUCGAGGAUCUUGCAAUGAGAGGAACCAUAGGGGCAGAUGCUACUUAAAGCUUUCUUCAAAUGGAUCUCCAACUAGAAUACUUCAUGGAAUGGGAGGCAUCUCUGGAUACACACUGAGGCUAUGCAAAAUGGAUAAUGUGUGCACAACCAAAAUCAAGCCCAGGGUGGUCGGAGGAACUGCGUCUGUUCACGGUGAAUGGCCAUGGCAAGUGGCCCUGCACACCAGCCAGGGCCACCUGUGUGGAGGCUCCAUCAUUGGAGACCAGUGGAUACUGACAGCGGCUCAUUGUUUCUCUGGGAUAGAGACACCUAAAAAUCUGCGUGUCUAUGGUGGCAUUGUGAAUCAGUCAGAAAUAAAUGAAGAUACUGCUUUCUUCAGGGUUCAAGAAAUAAUAAUUCAUAAUCAAUAUACAACGGCAGAAAGUGGGUAUGAUAUCGCCCUGUUAAAACUGGAAUCAUCAAUGAAUUACACAGAUUUUCAGCGGCCAAUAUGCCUGCCUUCCAAAGGAGAUAGAAACGUGGUUCACACAGACUGCUGGGUGACUGGAUGGGGGUACACAGGAUCAAGAGACAAAGUACAAAACACUCUCCAGAAAGCCAAGGUACCACUGGUGUGGAAUGAAGAAUGUCAGACGAGAUACAGAAGACAUAAAAUAACCAACAAGAUGAUCUGUGCAGGCUACAAAGAAGGAGGGAAGGAUACAUGCAAGGGAGAUUCUGGAGGACCCCUGGCCUGCAAACACAAUGGGGUCUGGCACUUGGUGGGCAUCACAAGCUGGGGUGAAGGCUGUGGUCUGAAGGAGAGGCCGGGGGUCUACACCAACGUGGCCAAGUAUGUGGACUGGAUUUUAGAGAAAACUCAAGUGGUAUGA